AAAGGUUUUGCGAUCAUUUCAAAGUGAAAAAGACAAACAUCGUGCUGAUGCUGGCAUGUUUGCACUGACAAAGGCAGCUGGCAUUUGUCACUACAAUGAUGCAGCACAUUGGCAGGAAACAGCCUUCAUGUUUAAGAGCAGCAAACAAGCAGAAACAAGAACAUGUGUUCGCCAGUCUCCCACAGAUGGAAAGGGGCGUUUCCAAAGUGAUUGGUGGUGAUCCCAAAGGCAACAACUUCCUCUACACCAAUGGGAAGUGCGUCAUCAUCAGGGACAUCAAUAACCCUGCCAAAGCAGAUAUUUACACCGAACACGCCCAUACGGUUGGUGUGGCCAAGUAUUCUCCAAGUGGAUUCUACAUUGCAUCUGGAGAUGCAUCAGGAAAGAUCCGGAUCUGGGACACCACCCAGAAAGAGCACCUGCUCAAGUACGAAUACACGCCCAUUUCAGGCAAGGUUAAGGACAUUGCUUGGACAGAGGACAGCAAGAGGAUGGCUGUUGUCGGGGAGGGGCGAGAGAAGUUUGGAUCAGUGUUCUUGUGGGACACCGGCUCGUCAGUAGGAGAUGUUUCUGGCCACUCAAAGUUAAUCAACAGCGUGGACAUCCGGCAGAAACGACCCUACCGUCUGGUCACCGGCAGCGACGACACCACUGGUUCUUUCUUCGAAGGGCCUCCCUUCAAGUUUAAGUUCACGCUACGUGAUCACACCCAGUUUAUCAACUGUGUUCGUUUCUCUCCUGACGGAAGUCACUUUGCCAUGGCUGGUGCUGACGGCCAGAUUAUUGUCUAUGAUGGUGGCAAUGGUCAGCGUGUCAGUUCCCUCGGAGGAGAAAAGGCUCACAAAGGAGGAAUCUAUGCUCUAAGCUGGAGCUCGGACAGUUCCCAGCUGAUUUCCGCCUCAGGGGACAAAACUGUCAAGCUCUGGGACGUUGGUGCAGGAACAGCCGUCACCACCUUCAACAUGGGCUCCGAAGUGAUGGACCAGCAGCUGGGCUGUCUGUGGCAGAAUGAACACCUCCUCAGCAUCUCUCUGUCAGGCUACAUUAACUACUUGGACAAAAACAACCCUGAUCGACCCAUACGCAUCCUCAAGGGCCACAGCAAAUCCAUCCAGUGUGUGACUGUCCACAAAAGUGAUGGACGACAAUACAUCUAUUCUGGGAGUCAUGACGGACACAUCAAUUACUGGGAUGCCGAAACUGGUGAGAAUGAUUGUUUCUCAGGGAAGGGUCACAGCAACCAGGUGAGCCAAAUGGUGGUCAAUGACGCUGAAGAGCUGGUGACGUGCAGCAUGGAUGAUACGGCGCGCUACAUAGACCUCAACAAAAGGGAUUACAGUGUCUCUGAUGUGGUGAAAAUGGAUUCACAGCCUAAAAGCAUCUCAGCAGCAGCAGGCGGUCUGUCACUGGCAGUGUGCUUUGGACAGGUUGUCUUGAUGAAGGAUAAAAGAAAAGUCUUUGCCCUCGACAACCUCGGCUAUGAACCUGAAGUUGGAGUUCUCAACCCUUCAGGCACCACAGCUGCUGUGGGAGGAGCAGAUGGUGUGAUCAGUCUGUACUCGGUCCAGGGCACCACUCUGAAGGAUGCGGGCCAAACCUUGCAGGUUGAAGGGCUGGUCACAGACAUGGCUUACUCCAACGAUGGAGCCUAUUUGGCAGUCAUAGUUGACAAGAAAAUGGCCACAGCCUUUAGUGUGGCGGACAACUACUCGGUAAAAAAUGUGUUUUAUGGACACCAUGCAAAACCAGUCACCUUGGCGUGGUCACCUGAUAAUGAGCACUUUGCAACUGGUGGGAUGGACAUGAUGGUUUAUAUCUGGACAGUGAGUGACGCAGACAAGCGGAUAAAGCUGUCAGACUGUCACAGGCUGCACCACGUUAGCGGCCUGGCAUGGACCGACGCCAACACCCUGGUCACCACCUCCCACGAUGCCAGCAUCAAGCAGUGGACUAUUACUUACUGAGCAGCACACCCACAUCUCCAGGGACGAGGACUACUGCAACCUUCAAUCACUUUCUUUUUCACUAAAUCUAGACGCUGGGGGUUUUGUUAAUACAAAUGAAAAGAAGGAUUUGACUACCUGCAACAUGCUAAGUAGAAUUGUUCUGAAUUAUUGACAUGGCUCAACAUUCCAAAAGUAAUAGAACGUUGUUGGGGUCGCUGUAACUUGAUGGAAAGACAGAUUAAAGACAUUUCAUAUUUUGGUGACAUUCCUGAAAUGAGAAGUGUUUGGUGCAGUUUCCUGUCAUAGUUUUCCCUGUGAAGGGGAUGCGGGUGCAGCUUUUUGUUUUCCAGGAUCACGGUGCCGUUCAUAGCACUGUUCUAGGAACUGAAAACAAUUAAUGUCUUGUCUUUCCUUCCCAGGAUCCUGUAUUGCUUUUUUUUUUUAGACCCGGUAUAGUUUUAUAGUCUCGCUAUUUUCAUGUCUUUAUGCAUUCGUUAAUACUGCUGAAAAUAAAACACUUUUGUUGUGCA